GGAAAACAUGGCGUCUCGCACAAGCAAGGCACUUCUGUCCCUAGGUCGAAUAAAUGUUUCUGCUCUUGGACUUAAUAAUGCAGUCAAUAGAAUUACAUACUCGACGGCUUUGUCUAUUGAUUCUAAUUCUGGGAAUAAAGAUGCUCCAGCCAGAGGUGGUAGAGGAUACAAAAGACCCAGAAGAGAAGAAGGGGCGCCCAGGACAGAAAAUAUGCCAGUGGAUCAGGACUGGACUGCAGUUUAUCCAGCAGCAAAGACCUUCAGACCAAGCUCCAUCCCCCUGCCUGUGAGAAUGGGGUACCCUGUGAAAGGAGGAGCUCCUCCAGAGAAGAAGGGCAACUUGGAGCUAAUCAAGAUCCCAAACUUUUUGCAUUUGACACCAGCAGCCAUCAAGAAACACUGUGAAGCUCUUAAACCGUUCUGCACAGAGUGGCCCUCUGCCUUGGACACUGAUGCCAAAUGUGACGAGCACUUCCCUAUUAAAGUAGAAAGCACUGACUACGUAUCUGCCGGCCUGUCUGUCAGAAACCCUUCAGCUCGUAUUGUUCAUCUCAAAGUAAAGCUGUCCACUUUGAACCUGGACGAGCAUGCACGGAAAAAGAUGCUCAAGCUUGUUGGGGAGAGAUACUGCGAAGACACUGACAUCCUCACCAUCACAGCUGACAGCUGCCCACUGAGACAGCAGAACUAUGACUAUUCCAUGUACCUGCUGACUGUUCUCUACCACGAGUCUUGGAAAACCGAGGCCUGGGAGGCAGAGAAGACCGUGGCAGACAUGGAGGAGUAUAGCUGGGAGGGCAGCCCGUCCCAAAAGAAUGUCCUGGACAUGUUGGUACGCAUGAAAGUGGCCGGGGAGGGAGAAGGUGAAGAAGUGCGAGAACAGCUGCUGGGAAGGAGCGAGGUGCAGGAGUAUAAGGACUCGGUCACGAGGCUGAAGAACGAAGGAGAGAACGAGAGCAGCAUGCUGCAGUACAAGGAGGCGGUCAAGAAAGUCUUCAACCUCUAAUACCACUGAACAUACAUUUUAUAUUUACACAAAGACAGUCAUCAAGAGCAGCUCGGACCUACAACUGCAGCCUCAGAUAUCAUUUCAGGCUCCAACAUUGUAUCAGUAACACAAACAGGAAGAUAAUCAUUGUUUCAGUUUCAAUACCACAACCUCAAGACUGUAGUUAGUAAUAUUUAUUUUACAAAAUAAAUGUGCUGUUAUGAGGCGAAUGAUGCAGGCGUUAACAUAAAAAUAAAAGUGUAACGUAUGCUGUUGUUAUUAAGUGUUGUCUUUGAAGUCAAAACGUUAUAUUGAGUCGGUGAAAGCUUUAAUGAAAUAGAAGCCCCAUUCAGUCACUCUCCAGCCCGGCUUCAGCUCCCAUCUCACUCUCGUCACUAUCAGGUCGAGGAGCAGCAGCACCCCAGUGAAAGGAUGCUUUCAGCAGCAGGCUGUUUAAAAGUACGUCACUCUUCUUAAAGAGUUUUGGUCCGUGCGCUUUUAGGUCAGGAGCGACCCGGAGCACAGAGGAGCAGACUGCAGGAAGGUCAAAGCACUGAAAGGCGCCAGGCAAAUCUCCAGUCUGUCGACAUAUUGAUGAACCACUCUUGAAUUGUAGCCGUUAAUUGCUUGGAAGUGCCCUCGAAGUCGCACUUAAGACUGGUGUGGACAAGUGGCCAAUGUCUUUGAGGUUUUGGCAUCAACAAGCGUUUAAAAAUCACUGAAGUACGUCAAAAUGUGGGCCGGACAAAAAGACAUCUGUUGACUCUCUUGACGAAAGUUGGAGCUGUUGUGUCCAAAGUGUUAUCUCUACAGUACUUCUGUCUGCUGACUACUGUUUCAUCCCCAUCUACUUACAAAGAAGCAAUACAAGGCAACAUACUUGCUGCUAAAAUAAACCAAUAUGUGAAAAUUUA